AAACAUCAACAUGUGAAGGCAUAAGAAGAGAUCAUUGCAUAUUUUGCAAACUGCAGGCAAUUUGACAGAUCAAUCCAUCAUAAACCUAAAGACCACGGCUAUUUUCAGGGCAAAAUAACUUCUCAGAGAGAAAGGGACUUAGGAAUGGGCUGUGCUUGUUUUCUUGCUGAGGGAAACAGCAAAUCCUGUUCCUUGGAGCCAGAGCCACCAGCUGCAGCAGGGGAGUCACUUCUGCAUUUAUUCUGUAAUAAAUGCAUGUUCUCUCCUCUGCCAUCACGCUAGGACACUGACUGCUGUGUUAAUCCACCAAUAAAGAGACCCCAGGUCAUACAAUAAUAUGUGCCUUUACCUUCUGCCAGUACCCCCUGGACUGGCUAUUAAUUUUCAAGUCAUUGAAUUUUCAUUUAAUGUAUUGCAGCUUUCUCAACCGUGGUGAGUUUCUUUAACCAUUAAAACAGCUGUAAGCUGUACAUACAAAAUAAUAACCAGAGAAUGACAUGUAAAGAAGCAGAACCCAAAACAAAGCAUUGACUUUCAUCGGAAUAACCACUGAAUGGGGGCUUAUUUACAUUACUGUGCAGUUCCAUCUUGACUCAAAGGAUGAUGAUGGUGACGACGACUAUCCUUACACCGAUAAUCACGCAGCGGAGGUUAAUCCAGGAGUGCCCGAUUGAGAGCUGCAAGCGGGGACAUCUCCAGGGCCAGGGAAGGGGAGAGAUUCAGGGGCUACCCGACCUUGAUGCCGUGCACAGAAAUACGGUUUACUUAAGCGCUAGUCCCACCGCUGGACGAGAGGGCUGCAGGCGCGGAACCUCCCGCGCGUCUCCGCUACUGCGGUUGCUUUUCUGCCUCGGGUUUGGUUUUCGUGUGGGCUUUAUUUGCCGUGUUUUGCAGGAGGAGGGAGCAGCAGAGGGGACACACACGCAUAUACAUACAUAUUAAAAAAAAAAAAAAGGCGCGUUUUGCAUGUUGCUGCAAAUCCCGGGUCAUUUUAUAGCACGGCACCGCGCAUCGACCGCUUUCCUCCCCCUUCCCCCCGGGGGCGCUCCGCGGCCGCGCAGAGACACCUGCAGCCCCCGGGCUUGCGCGACUGUCGUUUACUGGGUGCGCGGAAUUCCCGCGGCUGCAGUUGCGCGCCGAGCACGCCGCCUGUCUCCAGCACGGCUCUAGGGACCGCAGGUUGAAGGGAGGGCCUCGUGUCUUGGGGACGGACGAGGGGUUCCAGGAAGAACCCCUUUCCUGCGGCUGGUGCCGCCCUCCCCAGAAUCGCGGUCUUGCCGGACGCGGGGCCGCGCAGUUUCCGCAGGUGGCCGCGCACAUCCCCCGGCGCUUCUCCUCCCCGCUGCGGGUCUCUGUCUGGCAGGGCCGGGGGGCUGCUUCCCAGAUUGCAAAACGCCCUCCGAGUAGCCUUAAAAAGAAAAAUAUUUAAUUAUACAUAUGUAGCUUUAGAUAUAUAUUUAACAUUGUAUAUAUAUGUUACAUGUAAAAGAUCUAUUUUAUUUUGUUCUUUGGAAAAAAUAGCUAAUUAAUGCCACCCUUUCUCCCAAGCAUGUUUCCCUUCUAGUAAAGGAGGCUCCACCUCUGCUAGGGACUGAUUCGCCCAGCAGUUUUUAGGAUAAUUUAUGGAGCAACCUGAUGAGCCUAUUGGCUUCUCCGGAGAAAACUCGUGGAAGGUAGAGCGCCUUCACGCCCAUGGAUAUGUGGGGCGGCCCCGCACCCCGCUGGAGCCGCCGCCGCGGGGCCCGGCUGCUGCUGCUGCUGCUGACCGUGAGGCUGGGAAGCGGAGCUGAUAAAGCAGAUGAUGAGGAUGAUGAAGAUCUAACAGUGAAUAAAACAUGGGUCCUUGCACCAAAGAUUCAUGGUGGGGAUGUAACUCACAUACUGGACUCCUUACUUCAAGGAUAUGACAAUAAGCUUCGGCCAGAUAUUGGGGUGAGAACUACGGUAAUUGAAACAGAUGUCUAUGUUAACAGCAUUGGCCCAGUUGACCCAAUCAAUAUGGAAUAUACCAUAGAUAUAAUUUUUGCCCAGACAUGGUAUGACAGUCGUCUAAAAUUUAACAGCUCAAUGAAAGUGCUUAUGCUUAAUAGCAACAUGGUUGGAAAAAUUUGGAUUCCAGACACUUUCUUCCGGAACUCAAGGAAAUCUGAUGCUCACUGGAUUACAACUCCAAAUCGUUUGCUCCGAAUCUGGAGUGAUGGAAGAGUAUUGUACACUCUAAGGCUGACAAUUAAUGCUGAAUGUUAUCUUCAGCUUCAUAACUUUCCUAUGGAUGAACACUCCUGUCCACUGGAGUUUUCAAGCUAUGGAUAUCCCAGAAAUGAAAUUGAAUAUAAAUGGAAGAAAACCUCUGUUGAAGUGGCAGAUCCAAAAUACUGGAGAUUGUAUCAGUUUGCAUUUGUAGGGCUACGAAAUACAACUGAAAUUUCUCAUACCUUGUCUGGCGAUUAUAUUAUUAUGACAAUCUUCUUUGAUCUCAGCAGACGUAUGGGAUAUUUUACUAUUCAGACAUACAUUCCUUGUAUACUCACAGUUGUUCUUUCAUGGGUAUCAUUUUGGAUCAAUAAAGAUGCAGUUCCUGCAAGGACUUCUCUGGGCAUUACAACGGUGCUGACCAUGACAACAUUGAGCACAAUUGCUAGGAAGUCACUCCCAAAGGUUUCGUACGUGACAGCAAUGGACCUUUUUGUUUCAGUUUGCUUCAUUUUUGUGUUUGCUGCUUUGAUGGAAUAUGGCACCUUGCAUUACUUUACCAGCAACAGAAAAGGGGACAAAGGAAAAGAAAAGAAGGCAAAAUCUAAGCCAUCAAAACCACCUGCAAUUGCUGUUCGACCUGGAUCAACGCUAAUUCCAAUUAAUAACAUAAAUCAUCUCCCUGAACGUGAUGAUGAUUAUGGAUAUGAGUGCCUAGAAGGGAAAGACUGUGCUAGCUUCUUUUGUUGUUUUGAAGACUGCCGCACAGGAUCUUGGAGAGAAGGAAGGAUACACAUCCGGAUUGCGAAAAUUGACUCCUAUUCUCGCAUAUUCUUUCCAACAGCCUUUGCAUUGUUCAAUCUUGUUUACUGGAUUGGCUAUCUUUACCUAUAAAUUUCAGAGGUUUGACAAACUCAGAAAGAAAUGCUAAUUGAACAGUCAUUAACAGUUUUUAGUGAGCAGUCAAAGACUAGAGCUGAUCCAAAAUGUUUGGAUGCUUUAAAAAUUUGAAACAAUGAGAGGAAAUAUGGUGAUGUAGUCUCCCUCUUGUGAUCAACUAUAUAACUGAUACUGGUAUUUUGAAAAGAAAAUUUAAAAAUAAAUACCCUUAAGGUUUAACUUGCCUGAACAUACACUAUCUUUGUCCAGCUCUAACAAAAUGCAGAGUCAAGAGGCUAUGUUAUUUAACUGGAUAGUUCUACAUAAGCUUUCAAUUUUAAUCCUAAAUGAUAAUGCAGAUGAAUUUUGUAGCAUCUCUUACACCUUCACAAAGAAAGCCUUAAUAAAAUGGGAUUAGUUAUUCUCAUCCAUUUCAUCUAUAAGGUGAUGAUUUUAUUAAUCCUGAGUUUUAAAAGUUGAAAUGGAACAUUUCUAUUUUUCAACCAGACGUUUGUUCUCUGCAGCAUGUUAAGAAGAGUGAUUAAGUCAUAAUUAAUCACAUUCAGAUUUAUACAGAAUGCAGAGAUUAGAGCAGUGAGAAAUAGAUAUAUCAAAAAAUGAAGGGUAAUUCUGAGCUUGUCUUAUCCUAACUAUUGAUACAGGCUUUUGGCUUUCAAACUUAGAUUACAUUUACGUCUGUGCUCCAUCUCCUGUUACUUCACUGUUGUGAGUUCCCCAAAGUUCUCCAAGAGGACUAUAACUAUCAAAAAUUCCUACCCAGCUGCCAUUGCUUACUCAUUUAAUGGAAACCAGACUGAUGCUGGCUGAGAUUCUGGUCAUUAAACAUAACGCUCUUCACAUCCUCCCCAUUACCCUCUCGUUUGUCUCAGGGCCAGAGAAAAAGUCAUAACUCUAUAUUCAGUAGAAUUUGUAUCAGCAGAGUUUAAAAAAACUGCAACAGUGCUAUAGUCAUUGUAUUCAAAGCCACUGUGUUAAAUCUCCAGCCCUAAGAGUAUAGUGUAUGCUGGCUCCACUUCGCAUAGAGUAUGAUUUUGUAGAUAAUUUUCUUGUCACUGAAAACAUUACUCACUGAGUCAAAACCAAACGGUAUAAAUUUACUGAACCCACAUUAUGGAUUGCAGUGUAAAUAUCAAUGAGGUGAUUGUUUCUUUCUAAUGGAAAAGCCCUGUUAUGGGCAGAGGGAUUUAAAAUAAUCCCUAUGCAUUGCAGAUCCCUCUCCAAGAUGGGAUAUAUUGUCCCAAAAAUCUCCAGUGACCAGUUCUCCAGUCUUUCUGUGGUCAGAGCUUCUGUUCACUUUGGUAGCAAUUCUUUCAUAGUAGUCUUUCUGGACUGACUUAUCUGUGUUGACUAUUGCUGGCUGACAGCAUUUAGUAUCUCAUUUCUGUUUUUAAAUCCAUUGUCUUCAUUAUGGUAAAGUGCAGUCUUUCCUCCUUCCUCAAAAAGAAACUGGUCUCAAGUGAGCUUGCAAAAAUCACUGUAAAAUUAAGAUAUGCAUUAAGUAGAAGUCAGAAUUACACAGAAGACCUUACAGAUCUUUAGAGAGGAUUAAUGGGAUUAACAAUUGUCUAUAGGUAAGGAUGUUAAGUACUGGAGAUAAAGACAUGAUUAAUGGCUAAUAAUAGAAAAUAAUACAUGAAGGACUCUCCCCACCCCAAUAUUUCUGUUGAAUGCUCUCCCUCCUCUGAAUUUCUCAGAAAAGAUUAAUGUAUUUUUAUACUCUAGUUGGUACCAGACAUAAUAAGAUAUGAUAUGCAAUACAUAUUUCGGAUUGCAUGUUACUGCAGUAUUCAGGCCCGAAGUUUAAUAUAGAAUGCAAGACUAUGUGCAGUGAUUCUGGGAGAAUGUGUGACAGAGAAGAUCCUGUUAUAAUGCAAACUUUAUUUCAAUGUUUAGCUGAUGAAAUAUGAAAGUGGUUGAGAGAAUCUGAAAGCCCGCUGUCAAGGUUGUCUGACAUUAUUUGUUGUGUGACCUUUCUGAGCACCAGCUUCUUCUGACUGUUAGACUGAGUGUAGAAGUGCAGCAUCAUUAACAACACUGAUCUACUAUAAUUUAUUGUUUCUUUAGAGUCUCAUUUUCAGACAGUAUUCAGUACAAUGGAAAUGUGUCAGUUUUGAUUCCAUAGUGCAGCUUGAUACUUUUUGACAGCACACUAAACACAUUCCUCUGUAGGAGGGAUGAAGGUGGCUUCAGCAGCAGUAUGUUGGAUGUGUACUUGAAAAGCAGUCUACUUGCUAUACAACACAAGGCCCAGAUUUUGUGAGAUCAUUAUGUGAGUUUCAUUAAUUCACCUUUAAACAAAAGGAACUUGAAAGAACUUGGCACUUCACAAAAGGAAAUAGAAAUUUUACAGCCUGCUCUCCUCUGGCAUGUCUGGUUAGCUUUUUCUAUUAAUGUGGUUGUCAGGUGCCAAUCAGCCUCCAGUGACUGAAUUGGAGAAAAGAAAGCAUCCAAAAUUGGCAAGGGAUGGAUAAGAAGUCUUUAAUCUCUAAUUUCUAUGAAACAAUGUAAUGUAGUAUUAAACCUAUUGAAUGUUACGGCUGUUUGGCUUAUGGAUACACUUGCUUAUGUCUGUUGACAAUCUUUCUGUGUACUUCAUUUGUUUCUGAUUAAAUAAUUUUAGUUUCCCAUAGUAUUGUGAGUGCAAAUAGAAAUGGGAACGCAGUGAACUGUAACAUGGCAUGUAAGAAAUGUGUUAUUUUAGUCCUGUGUGUUUUCUUUCUAAUCUGCAUGUAAAUACUUGGUUCCAAGAAAUCUAAGUGAUACUAAAAAAAAGAAGUAAGAAACAGAGACUAUAAUUACUUGGACUUAGAUGCUGCAAUCAUUUUGAAACCUGCCUUGGUAAAAGUUCGUUUACUGGCAGCUGGGAUCACCAUAUUUGGAGUCAUAUUAUUCUGACCAUUACUGUUAAGCACAUGCUUAAACCUAUUUCUAAUCAGCACUGUAAUUAGACCAGAAUUCAGUAAAGCGUAUACUUAUGUACUGUCAUAAAGAGUGAUGCUAUCGUGAGUUGAUGCCAUUAACACACACUUAAUUUGCUCUAAUUUCAAUAAUCAGUGUUAAGUAGUUCAAAUGAUGGAACAUUAAGAAUAUGAGCCAGAACCUCUUCAGUAAGAAGUUUUCUCACUGAAAGAGAGGGACAUGAUAGGAAGAAUUGCCAGAAAGGCAGGGAGGUGAAAAAGUCUGGGGAAACUUAUACUGCACCUAUCUUGGGCAUCUCCUGAAAUGUAUUUUCCAAAAAAGAUAAUUUUCCUUGAUAUUUCUGUAUUAGUGUUCACCACUUGUCUGUUUUAGUAGUGAGUACAGCUCAGUGUGUUAUUUUUUGGUAAGGUUUUGUCUAUGAUUGUACCUCGCUGGUCUUCAGUGCAUGUCUUCUGUGUCUGAGUGGAUCUAUUUUAUGUGGUGGCAGUGCAACCAAAGCAUGAGCUCUGGGUAAUGUAUUUAAUAUUCUCAUGUUGAUGUGCUUCAAAGUCUUUAACCUUAACCAGUUUUCUGACAUUCAGAGACAUAGGGUUGUGUAAGACUUUGAAGGAGAGUCACCUCCAACAUGUUUUUUACAAUUUUCUGUAAAAGAUUUGUUUAAAACUGAUGUAUGAACUGUGCUUUGUAAUUUGUGAACACCUUUGACCUUUCAAUUGAAAGCCCAACAGGAAAAGUCUGGAUUUAAAUAUCUGUCUGCCUAAAGUAAUAUAUGUUUUGUUUAAUUGCAUCAGUCAUAAUUUCAGUUUACUGUUUCCAAAUAUCUGAUAAAUAUACAUCUAAUUUAAAUGUUUUAAAAUAAUUGUUAAUAUAUUUUUUAAAAAAUAUUGUAUUUUGUCUCAGUUAUACAUUAAAUGUGAUCUUUUAUGUUUGUGAAAUAAUACUGUAUUUUUUGUCCUAAGAUACAGAAAUAGAAACUAAUAUAGAAUGCCUGAACUAAAGCAUACAAGGCCAGGAAUUAGAAAGAAUUACUAUGCUUCCAUUCCUGUAAAACCUCAGUGAAUGUCCACAUGCCCUGAUGAAUGUGCUGUGGGGGAGACUGACUCACGGUGAGAGGCAGAAUAUUCUCCAGGGUGUAGAAAAGGUCCCUGUAUUGGUUCAUGCCGUGGGCUUGCUACCCAAGUACUUUAAGUCAAUGAAAGGAAUAGAUCUGUCUGUCCUUUUUCAAUUGUCUGUUGCUUUUGCUUCACUUGUACCAGCAAUAGCAGCUGUAAAGCCAUGUUGCCAGAUGAACCUGAACAUUUUUCUUCAUUUACUCUUUUGUAAGUUAAUGAUUCAACCAGAUGGGUGAAUGAGCAAUGGACUGUUAUCAUUCUGGUGAAAUGUCAGAUAGAAAAUCAGAAAUCAGGUUAAAUCAGGAAAAGGUUAUCUUUUUGCCCUUCUUUUAUUAUUAACGAUAAAACUAUUUUAAAAUUGAGUAUUAAUUAGUAGAAUAGACACUGCUAAAGAGCUAGUACCCAGGUGUUCACAUGACUUUUACUCCCCUUGAGGGCUCAACAUUUGGGAAUGGAAACCUGACCCAGACUGCAUUCAAUCAUUGAGUCCCUCUCUCCUUCAAAGAGUGGGAAAGGCUGAUUGUGAUCAUGCCAGGUGUGAACUGGGGCAGCCAGUGUACUCCAGGGACAUUGGUAACAGCUUCUGGUUAAAAGGAAGGGUGAUUUCUUCCUGCAAGACUACAAUUUGAAACAGGUUAUAUGCUUCUCUUCCAAAAAACCUUGUGUGCCAUGACUUCCAGAAUGAUGGAAAAGCAUCCCUUCACUUAAUGUUUAUCUUUGCACAGAAGAGGUUUCAUUGAGUUCAUUGAGUUAACUGAUACCCUGUGUGGUAUAGAGGGAGAGUUUUCACUGCACCCCUAGGCAAGGCAUCUAAAUUUUGUCACAGGGCUCAGUAUUGUGGAUUCUGAGUUGUCUUUCAAUCUGUUAUGAUGCUAGUGAAAAAGUAGUGAAUACUAAACUUUUGAUUUUACUUACUAGUACAUCUCAGUGAGAAAGCCAGAGCAUUAAUGAAAGCUUUAGAGGAAAUCACUGACAGCCCAUGGAGAUAAGAGAUUAGCUAAAACUGUAAUAAACUAAAGUAUGUAGCCCUUUCUUUUUCCACAGGUGGGUCUUGUUGCCCACUAGCAAGAUAUUGUUUCUAAAGCUAAAAUGUGAAACUCUCAUGAUAUUUUAAGGAGAAAAAAAAUAAAGCAGUCUGUAAAAUUCCUGAGCAAUGUCAUUCCCCUCCCCAGUGACAAAUCUUGCUUUGCCUGCACAUUUUCCUUAUGGUAGAUCAACAUUACUUGAACUGUGUGAAGAGAGCCACAGGGCAUAUAAGACAAAAGACCUGUAAACUAUUCUACCUUGUUCUUCCUCUCAGUUCCUUCUCUAAGUCAAGAAAAGAAGAGUUUCAGAAAAGACAGUGUAUGGCAUGUAUAAAUGAGGACAAUUUUGCUACUGAAAAAAGGACCUGGGUCCCACUAGCUGACAGGAUCAAGAGAGGAGUCUGCUUGUAGUAAUAAUGCUUUUCUUUUGUAAUUCUUUGUAAUAGCUGCUUUUCCAUACAUCUCUGCAUGCUUACCUGAGACUCAAACAUUUUUCAGGUUGGAAGCAAUUCUUUUGUGUGUUUCUGGCUUCAAAGAAUGAUCUUUAUCAUCAGGGUUUGAGCCAUGCUGUAUUCAAAAGAAAAGGUUUCCUCUUGAAGUUUCCCUGUCUGGGCAUUGCAGGUAGGAGGUGACUUGCCAUCAAACAUUGGAAAAGUGAUUUUUAGUUGAUCCUGCUGAGCAGGCAGCCUGGCUCUGUAGGGUGGCAUUAAGAUUGCUCUGUCAUUCAGACUUUGAAAGGCUGAAGAUUGUUAACAGCAAAGACCAGUACUGCCCCCACAGAGGAUAUAUUGCUUUUGCCAAUUUGAUAUUUAAAACCUAAAACUGAAACCAGCUACUGUGGGUGGGAAGUGAGGAUGAGUCAUUAUUUCACUACAUGUCUAUUUCCCCUUGAAUUGUUUUUCCUCCUUAGGGACGUGGUAAAUAAGAAUAUUUUGGCUUGUGAAAUCUGCAGAAAACAGAUCGUGGUCAUUUUAAACAGGUAAAGUCAUGUUUGUCCCUUUGUCCACUGAUGGUAUGGGAGCAGGAACAAUGAAGGCAUUUACACUAUGUCUCAGAUUUCCCAAGAUAGGUAGAUCUGGACAUUUCCUUAUUCAUGGGACUACUGUAAAUAUACAAUGUGUGUUAACAUUUUCAUGACUGAAAAAAUUUUAAGGGUUUGUGCAUCUUCACAGUAUCUUUUGUAUUUCCCACCAUUGUCCACUGUGGAUGCCUAGGCUUUUUGUGUGAGCAUAAAGCAUUGCGUUAUGAUACCUUUACUUACAGUUUAAAUUGCUAUAGAAUAUAAAUAUUUCCUUAAAUGAAACUGAGAGAUAAGAAUCUGAUUCCCAUCUUGAAAAAUCUAAUAUUUGUUUUUAAUUACGGUUUCAUAUUAAAUAAAUAAUACUGCUAUGUUCUGUAUUCCCUUGACUGAAGUUUUAUAAACAAUUACAGUAUAUGGUCUAAAAAUUAAAUUUACAGAAAUAUCCUUCAAAAAAUAAAACUUGUUGAUUUAUUAUGUCUCAGUAUUUAUUAUAUUGAGGUUCCAUUAUUCAAAUACACUGUUAAUGCAAGUCUCUGUUGCAGCAUCUAUAAUUCACAUAAUAUUUCACUGAGUCACAGUUUGCCCCUUACUAGUGUGUCCUUUUUUUUCAUUCUUUUUUUAAAAACUGACGAUAUUUUUAAUUACCUAAGAAAGCAUUCAUACCAUGCAGUUGAUUUUGUAGUGUUUUGGCACCAGUGGACAAUGUUGUAAUAUUAAGCAUCAGUGUUCCUUUUGAUAUUAUUUAUUAAAGCCCUCGUGGGUAAGUUAAAAAAAUAUGGAACAUUAAGAUAAAUUUUGUAACUCUCAAUGCUGUGUCUAAGGAUUAUAUAUAAAGUAUACACUAUUGAUGCAAAUUUAUUCUUCUGUUUCAGUUUUCUUUCCAGAAGCGUCUCCAGUUGUGCUAAUAUUAUUAUGAUAAGUGUGCUGAUAUUUACAGUUCUACUCAGUUUUUUGGUACUUUUCCAAUAGCCUUGGUAUGCACUCAUCCAUUAUUAUAUUCCAUUACCUAGAAGCAUCAAGGUAUCCUCCAUUUUGACAAAGUCUAUCUGCCAGGUUAGAGUGAAACAUUGAUAUCAUCAUUGUAUUAUUUGACAACAUUAUCUAGCAUGGCUGAACCAGAAGACUUCAGAGAUGGUAAACUGAUGAUGCUCUUGGCUAAAACCCAUACAGCUGUGACUUUGUGAGUGUGAUAGUAAUUAUGUUGGCAAUGGCAAAGACAUAUGUAUAUAUAUCCAUAUAUAGACUGAAAAGCAAGUUAUGAAAAUUUUUACAUACAUCAAGUUCUGAUUGUUAUUUAAACAAGCUUUUGUUUUCCCCCUACAAAAUUUAUGUUCUUAAUGUGACCAAAAAGGUUCUAAAAAAAAAACAUUUAGAUUUGCACUGUUAGAAUGUAGAAGUGGUUCAGAAACAUAAAAUAAUUAUGACUAUAUUUGAUGGGUCUUUUGAUUCGUUUUAAAUUUAACUCCGUUUUACUAAAGAAGAAAGGGAGAACACAAAUGUUCUAGUUGAAGAUAGACAUUUGUGUCCCUUAAGGUAAACAUGAAAAUUCCCUCUGGUGAAAAGUUGAUAGGUACGAGCAAAUUUCUUCAGUGCUGAGGACGUUGCUGUGAUUGCAUUGUGGAGUCGAUGGAUUCUGCUUUUUUUUUUUUUUUUGAGAACUCUAUGGUAAAAGAUCAACUCAGAAUUUUACACUAUUUAGUAUGCUCUUAGUCAUUGGAUGCCUCAUUUUCUGGUGUGUUGUUUAAGACAUAUGAAAAAGACCCGCUUUUCAGAUUGUGAAUGUUUAUCCCUUUCUAAAAAUCAUCCUUUAAGCUAUCAGCUUAAAGCAGUCCAAAAGUGAGUAACUAGGCAUCACUGGUAGUGUUUUAAAUAUAUGUGAAGUUUAGGUUGUUACAGAAUAUUGCAGAAAGUUAAAUAUGGUUCAAGGCUGGAAUUCUCUGGCAUUUUGUUCUCUCUUGCCUGUGGGAUUUUGCUUUAUUUAAUUAUUUUUCUUGAGGUCUAGGGAGAAAUGAAAGCAAAUGUAGGGAUUACACCCAAUGGUGUUUUUUUUGCCAACAGUAUACCUCAUGCAGAAUAGUACAUCAGCUGCUAAAAGCUAAUUUUAUUUGAGGACCGAUGAGACUUUGAGACUGAUGACAGGAAUAAUACUAACAAGUUCAAAAAGGAGGUGCUUGCGGACCUCAUUAUCAGAAGGGGCUUGAUUGGUUAAGGCUUUGAAAACAGAAUUUCUGAAGUAAGAUUAUGGAAGAAAGCUUGGUUAUAAGGACUUCUAGAAAAAAACAAAAAACAAACUCAGAAACCUCUUGCCAGGAGAAGACUGCCAGUAGUUUGAAGGACAGGUUGUAUAGCUCAUGACUGUACUGUGAAUGUUAAUGUCUAUUGAAUUUUCAUAUAAAUGUUGCACUAGUCCUUGUGCAUUGAAUGGAAAUGUGCUUGCACCCUGGUGCAUGGUUCAUAAGAUGUUUCUGAGAUGUAGUCUGUAAUCUUCUAGAUGUAAAACUCUGAAAGCCAUAGUCUUAGAAAAUAAAAAAGAUAUUUAAAAAAUCACCAUCGAAUACCUUGUGUUCUGUGCAAAGUGAAAAUAUUAGGUGUUUUUGCUCUGAUGUCUCUUAAACUGGUAAGAAUCAAGAUAAUUUGAACACUGAACUUUGUAAAGCAGUUGUAAUGCAUUGUUAUUACUGUAUCUGCUGUGAAGUUGAUUGGUUACACUGUGAAAAAAUAAAUAGUGCCUGUCUACUUAC